CGAGUUCCAACAUUUGAUGGCAGCACCAAACUCAAACAUUCGGACAAGAUGGUUCUCAAUCUCGCUGCAUUGCUUAUAGCAACCGUAUUUGGCGGCAUCCAUUGUGUGGCUUGGCUUUUUGCCUUCCCCACAUACGAGGAACAGGUGCUAUGGCGCAUGAGUGCUGUCGCUAUAACUUUCACACCUUGGCUUUGUUUUCUUGUGAGUCUCACAGGAAAGUUGGUAAAGAGGGUCACAGUGCUUGUAUUUGGCCUGAUUGUUGUCACAUCUGUCAUAUUGUACAUCACAGCUCGUGCUGUACUCUUGGUACUUAUGUUCACCACUUUACGCAAUCUUCCUCCUGACGCAUACAAGGCGGUAUCCUGGACCAGUCUAGUGCCGCACUUAUAA